AUGAAAAACUUUGAUUUUGGACCUUCGGUGCAAGCCAAAAACUUUUUAGACCCCAUCAAAAGAUUUUUGAAAACCACAGGGACCAAAUUUACAGUUUUGUCCUAUCUUAACCCUAACAUCCUCGACACAACAUCAGACGUCGUCAAACCCAUAUCUAUUCUAUCUCUCUUCUCUUCUUACUUGCUUCAGUUUUCGGUGGACCUUCGGUACCACCACCCUCUUCACUCUCUUUCCGCCGCCGCUGCAACUUGUAGAAGGUCACCGGACAUCCCUUCAUCCAUUAAGUGUCAUGUGCUCAAUCAAAUACUCACCACCACUGCUCCACUCAUCGCACUUCUGAUAAAUCUAGAACCAACAUCGCAUAAUGCCAUCAUCACCAACUAA